AUGGCCGCCUUUGCAGCGCCUCAAGCACUGGCGUCAUCUCAACAUGGCCGUGAUGAAUGGCCGAUAACUGAAUCAAAACAAAAAUCCGACAAGUGUUAUUUCAUCUACACCUUUUGCCGCCAGAGGGCAGUAGCAGCGGAUAUUGCCGCUUUCCCAAAGUCUUUGUCUAUUUUUCUCUCUCCCUAUACAUCUCUCUCUUUUCUCUUUUUCUUCUCUCUCUCUCUCACUUUUUCUCUUUUUCUUUUUCUUUUUCUUUCUCUCCCUCUCUCGUUUCUCUUUCUCUCUUUUACUCUUUCCCUCUUUUACUCUUUCUCUCUUUUUCUCUUUCACUCUAUCUUUCCAUCUCUUUCUCUCUCGCCUUUCCUUUCUCCGUCUCUCUCUUUUUCUUUUUCUCUUUCUCUCUCUCUCUUUAUCUUUCUCUUUUUUCUUACCUUCCUUCACCAUUCCUUUAAUCUUUUUCUUACCCCGCAAUAA